AUGAAAUACUCUGCGAUUCUCAUCCUCGUCUGCACCUUGUGGGGGGCGAAUGGGUUUCCUUAUCACUACUAUGGGACCAAUAUGGAUACUCUGUCGUACGGUUCGAACGACAAUAGACACGGUGCUAUGGUGCUGAGCCGCUUCUACAACCCGUACUACAACCCCCGUGUCGCUGGAGGCGGCAUGGCAGGCUUCAUGUAUAGGCCCGAACAAACUCAGCAACAGGCAAGCCAGUAUUAUCUUCCCGACAGACGCCGUCAAACUACACCAGAAGACUACAUCCCACCCCAGCAAAACGAAGUGUAUUACCCACUAGCACCAGAAAAGCCAUUCGCUUCGGAGCCGACGGAAAUCGCUGACCCUCUUCCUACUGUGAAAGUUGAAAUUCCCACAACAGUCAAAGCAACAGCGGUGCCAGAACUAACGGAACCCGAAAUAGAAGAAGCUGAAGAGCCAAUAGAGACAAAAGAAGUUGCACCUACUCCUAAGAAGAGAGUUAAUAAGAAGAAGCAAGCUAAGAGGCCCGUAGAAGAAGACGAGGAGGCCGAUGACUACGAACCGAGGAUUCCAAACGGAGCAUACUUCCCGAUGUUCUUUGGUUGGGGUGGUGGCCGAUCUUCGGGUGGAGCACCCAACGGAGCUACCGCUAUCGCUAACGCCUUUAGCACUGGGCGUGGUGGUGUUGCUACCAGCCACGCGACAGCUUACGGACCACCACAGCCUGAUUCGAAACUGUAA